AUGGCGAUCUGUCUUGCCGUCAAGAUGGGACUUAAUCGACUCGACAGUCAUGAGCAAGAUCUCCCCAAUGCCGAUUUGCUCGAGCAAAUCGUUACAGAAGCAGACGCAGCAGUAGAAUUAUUGGCCAUCUCCUCAUCCUGCUCGUCGAGCCAGCAUGCAUCCAGUCUGUGGGGGCUCUUUCUUCCCACGAUGCAGCGCAGACAUUGGCUCGAUGCAUCAUACGAUGCGUGA